AUGGCGGGCCCGGGGCUGAGCGAGCGGGAGCGGGCGGGGUGCCGGGACCUGCUGGAGCUCCUGCACACCGAGGAGCUGCUGGCGCUCACCGACACCGUCACCAACCGCCUGGUGCACCCGGAGAGCCGCCAAGAGGCCAUUCAUGCCAUUCUGGUGUACAGCCAAAACGUGGAGGAGCUUCUGAGGCGCAGGAAAGUCUACAGAGAAAUCAUCUUCAAGUAUUUGGCGGCGCAGGGAGUCUCGGUGCCUCCCUCCUCGGAGAAACACGUCCUGAUCGAGCGAGUGAGGCAGCUCUGGAGCGGGCAGCUCCCGGCUCGAGCCCCGGAGCCAGGGCACAGGAAACCUGCGCAGAGUCAUGGAAGUGGACAGAAGUCACCACAAGAUGACAUUGUUGGUCUGGGAGGAGAAUUCUGCCAGUGGUACUUUGAACUCCUGAACUCUCAGCACCCUUUGGGAGUAAAAUCUGAAGCAACAUGGGGACCACAGCACUUUUGGGAGGAUGCCAAACUGAAGUUCUGUUACAACACUUUGGAAAAAAACGUGGAACAAUAUGUGGGUGCAGACAUGGUGAGCCUGCGCCUGCUGUCGUUGGUUAAAGAAGAAUGUCUCCUCUUCAACCCAAAUUUGCAUUCCAGUGGCCUGAAAUGUGCCAUGUCCCCUCAUGGAUUGGUGCUGGUGGCAGUGGCUGGCACAGUUCACAGAGACAACACUUGUUUGGGUAUCUUUGAGCAAAUCUUUGGGCUCAUCAGCUGCCCCAUGAGGAAUAACACCUGGAAGAUAAAACUGGUGAACCUUAAAAUAGUAGGGCAGAACGCUCUGGAGCCUGGGAUGCAAAUGGAACCACCUUCCAUAAAAUAUGAGUCCAACCAACUGAGAGAGUUCUAUGAUGGGAAUGAACUGACUGUGUUUGAACCUCAGAAGUUCUGAGCCUUUUGUCACAGCUGGCUGAGGGGCUGGGUUGUUGCUGCCAUGCAGUUUCUCUUCUCUGAGUAAGAUUUGCUGAGUGGCAGGCUGAGAUACAGGGUAUUAACACAAGUGAUGCUUGUAGGCACUUUCUAAGAGCUAACAAAUAUUUCAUGGGUAUUCCUUCAGGUUUUGCACUGUCAUUAGAGUGGAGUUUGGUUAUUUGUGGUUGCAUUUAAAUAUGGAUUGGCAGCCAUGUGUAAUGAGGGGUUCACAAACUGCCCAUUCCCUUCAGGACACCAUUUGACACUCUCACCUGAGCUGUAGCAGGAAGUCAUUGCAUCUGGCUGUGGAAAUCUGGGAGGGCUAAGUGUUUAAAUGGGCAUCUGAGUCCCAGGAAAACCAAUAGAAAACCCAAAACAAAACACUGUGAAUGGAGGCAGCUGCUGUGGAUGUUCUAAAUGUGUUUUAAUGGGACAGUGCAGGGAACUUGGCAUUGUUGGAGUCUUUUUUUUAGCUUCUUUGCACUGAUUGCUUCCUGUCCUUUUACCUUAUGGUUCCAGUUUUGUCUUGAACACACAGAAUGUUUUCUGUCUGUGUCCCCAAGCAGACAGGCUUGAGAUGGAUACCCAUUUCUAGCACUGACUGGGUUGGAUCAAGAACUUGAUUUCAAAACUUGCAGCAACACUGUAUGAACCAAAUGCUCUGAUAGUUAUUUUGUAUGUAAUUACAAGAGAGUUUUUAAUGUAAUAGUUUUGAUUUUUGUAUGUUUUCUCAAAAUAAGUAUUUUGUUUACUCUGAGCUGUUUUAUUACAGGUACUGAAAGUCCAUUUGUUACCACUGGAUGGUUACAGUGAUAGGUCACACUAAGAAAAGUUAUCCAUUUACUACUUAAUAAUAGGAAAUUAUUAAAUUAUUGCCAGUGUAAAACUUGA